AUGGCAAGAGCUCUCGAUAUCAAAAAGAACCUCACGGAGCUUCCUGCUCUUGUUGAAAAUUUCCCUCCCACGGCCCAUCUUCCUCAGGAACGAAUCCGCUAUGUACAUCCGAGGCUAAUCGAUGCCAACGCCUAUCACCUCAACACAAACUCCUCCGCCUACUCCCCGACUGCCAAAGAAUGCGAUCUCGAAGCAAAAGGGCUACAAGUUAUGACCGACCACGACGCAAAUGCUCGACCUUCACAUUUUUCAAACUGGGCCCAGGAAUGGGCUUUCGUAUUUACAGUCAUGCUGGCGUCAUCGUCCACAACCGUCAUCCAAGGUGUUAUCCUUAUCAUGACUAACACGAUUGGGAAAGAUAUUAAUGCGACCGCCUCACAGGUGACUUGGAUAGCAGCUGCAGUAGGCGGUUCAUUUAUGUUGUUUUUCGGUAAAGUAGCCGAUGAGCUCGGUCGAAAGAUACAACUACUUAUUGGAUUACUAUUCAUGAGUGCUUUUUCUCUCAUCGCCGCCUGGAGUCCAGGACCCAUCGAGCUAAUCGUCAUCUGCGGUUUUCUUGGAUUAUGCACUGCAGCAAUCGCUCCCCCAGCCCUCGGUAUCCUCUUCGCCGCUUAUUCAGAAGGACGUCGAAGAAAUAUGGCAUGUGGAGCUUUGGGGACUGGCAAUCCAGUUGGUUUCAUUCUAGGGAGUGUUUCAUCAGGUCUCGCCGUCAAAUACUAUGGAUGGAGAGCGAGUUUCAUCGUCAUGGCCAUCUUCUUCUUCCUCAUGGUUAUACUUGCUUUUUGGACGGUGCCAGUAAUUGCAAGAUUAGGGAAUAGAGCAGAAGCAGUUCGUAGAUUCGAUUAUGCUGGUUCCCUAUUCAUUGUUUUAGCUGUGGCUUUAAUAUCCGCAGGAUUGACAGAAGGGCCUCAAAGCGGCUGGUUAUCAGUACAUGUUGUUCUCUUACUUGUAUUUGGCGUAUUUUUCAUCCUCGGCUUCAUCACCUGGGAAUAUUUCUACGAAAAUCCUCUUCUCGAUCUCUCCGUCUGGCGCAAUGGCAACUUUACUCUAUGUGUUAUCUGUAUGGGAUUCGGAUACAUGUCUUUCAUCACAAAUGAAUUCUGGAUUGCAUUAUACAUGCAAGAUGUACAAAAGUAUACGCCCCUACAAAUUGCUGCUCGUAUGUUACCUCAAGCGGUAGCAGGAGUAUUUUGGAGUUUCUUGGGUCAAUGGCUUGUCCAAAAGGUACAUGGUACCAUAGUGAUGGGUAUCGGCUCUGCAAUGUAUCUCGCGGGGGCAAUUUUGUUACUGUUUAUUAAAGAAGAUACAUCAUAUUGGAUGUUUCUUUUUCCAGCGCUUGUAAUCACAGUUAUUGGUGCGGAUUUCCAAUUCAUCGUCGCAAAUCUCUAUGCAAAUAAGCAGAUGCCAACUCAAGCCUCCCUCGGUGUCGGAAUCAUCCAAACCGCAUACAGACUCUCUAUAUCCAUCGGUCUAGCCAUCACAUCUGCCGUAUUCAGCACUGCCACAUCCACCAAAGACAGUAUCAAAGACCCAACUAUCCCAUAUCGACGUGUCUACAUCUGCUCCAUCAUAUUCGCCGCCAUCGGUCUUACCAGCAUCCCAUUUAUGCGCAUCAAAACACGCACAAAAGACAAUACAUCCCCAGGUACUUACCCCACAACAACCACAACACCCGAACUCAACAAUAGUAUGAUCGUAAACCGAGCUCCACCUCCACCUCCAUCUCAAUCACACUACGACACUUUAUUCCCCCAGCUCAACCUCCACCGUACCAACCCUCUCAACCUCACCGAACACAUCUACCCCUCACACAGCAGCGAACGAGUAAAUAAUACUCCUCCACGCUACGAUCCCAAUAAUCUCCCAAGAGCAAUGACAAUGAACGACAUCGCGCAAGGACUCCUCCGACUCCCCAGAUGGAGCUGGGAAAAUAGACCGAGAGCAGCUUUUUGGAAAAAUCGUAGGGGUAGUCAGUGUCAUUGGGAAAGUAGCAGUGGGGAUAUGUUUGAGGUGUGUAGGAAGUGUAAGGAGGAGAGGAAGAUUAGGGAUGAGGAUGAGGAUGCUUGGGGGGAGGAGAAGAUGGAGGGUGGGGGUGUGGUGGAGGGGGGAACGGGGAUUGGAAAUGGAAUUGGGAGGGCUAGGGGGAUGAGGGUUAUGGAUGUGGAGGUUAGGGAUGAGAGGAGAUUUACUGUUUAG